CGGCAGGGCGAGGCCGCCAGGUCUGAGGUGGGGCUUGCGGGUCGGAGCAGCAGCAAGGAGAAAGCGGGGCGGGCAGACGGAGCCGCGUCGUCGAGCAAAGCCGAGCAGCUCAGGAGCGCCGCCGGAGCCAAGUCGCCCGAGAGUGAAACGCGCCCGUCUAACCCUCCAAGAUGCCCGUCAAGGGAGGCACCAAGUGCAUCAAGUACUUGCUCUUCACGUUCAACUUCUUCUUCUGGCUUGCAGGAACAGCAGUCCUUGCAAUUGGACUAUGGCUUCGAUUUGAUAAACAAACAAAAGAUAUUUUUGAUCAGGAGGAGAAUAACAAUACAUUCUAUACAGGGGUUUACGUUCUAAUUGGAGCUGGUGCCCUCAUAAUGCUGGUUGGUUUCUUGGGAUGCUGUGGAGCGAUACAGGAGUCCCAGUGCAUGCUUGGUUUGUUUUUUACCUUCCUUCUUGUGAUUUUUGCCCUUGAAGUAGCUGCUGCCAUCUUGGGAUUUUCAAACAAGGAAAAGAUUGUUAAGGAGGUGCAGGACUUUUACAAAUCAGUAUAUGACAAAAGAAGGGAACCUGCCACCAAAGAAACGCUGAGAGCCAUUCAGGCCGCGCUGAACUGCUGUGGCCUCACAGGGGUUAUUGAGGCAGCAAUUGAAGACACCUGUCCCAAACAGAGUGGUGUCCUCGAAACCAUUCAGCUACAGGCAUGCCCAACGGUUAUUGAGGAAGUCUUCACCAAAAAGCUGAAUGUGAUUGGAGCAGUCGGCAUUGGUGUUGGUGUGGUGAUGAUCUUCGGUAUGAUUUUCAGCAUGAUCCUUUGCUGUGCUAUUCGUAGAAACCGAGAAAUGGUCUAAAGGAGCCUCAGGCAGAGUGGGACGUUAGCAGCAUUCAAGGAAUCUCCAGUUAUUCACUUUAGCAUUCUGAAAGUCAUUUCUAAAGUUAUAUAUUUGUUUUAAAAAUGCUUUAUUUAGUACUGAUCUUCGUUUUUAUGCUUUGUUUAUAAAAGUUUAAAAGAAAUCUAAUUUUCAGAAGGUACUAUAUUUGUUAAGCUAAAGUCUAACAACUUGUAUAUAAGGGUUUGUCUUCUUUAUUCAGACUUAACAACUGGGAUGUAACUUACAUUGGAGAAAAUUUGAUACUUAAUAAAGAUUUAAGACCA